CCUAGCCCCGCCCCCUGUUCCCUCCUGCGGUACAGGUUAAGAGCGAGCGUGUGGGAGAGAGAGCACUGAGAGGCAUGCUACGGAACGGUGCGAGAUAAAGACGUGCUGCAGAGGAAGAGAGAGAAAGAGAGAAAGAAGUCAUCAAAGCAGAGUGAAGAGGAGCAUUAGGAGAGUCAGAGUGGAGGCAAGUUGGAAGGAGAGGUGUACAGGAGCUGGGACUGAACUCUCAACCCGUGACUCAGCUUGGGACAUUUUACUGGGACCAAACCUGCUCCCCACCCCCCCCUAAAAGUUGGUGACCCAAAGAGGUUCAUGGAUCCAUCAGUGCCGGCAGAGGAGGGGGGGCAAGCGAAGGAGAGGAAGAAGAUACACUUUUCAGUGCCAGCCACACCGACACCCCCGCUGGACCCACGGCAGGUGGAGAUGAUCCGACGCCGGCGGCCCACUCCAGCCACCCUCUUCAGAGUGACAGAACAGCCGUCCCCAGACGAUGACAUCACCACACACCAGUGGGUCGUGGGAGAAAACGGCGUACUGAAGCCAAAGAGAGUCGUCCCCGGUGUUUACCAGCCCCCUUCACUCAAAGCUGUGCAGAGGAUGGCUCAAGCUCACAUGCAGAACCUGGGCAUCUGCCCCCCCUUGGAGGACCCCUCUGAGGGGGAUGAGAGCGAGGAUCACCUUUGGCUGGGAGAGGAGGGAGAUGAGACCCAGGAGGUGCUGGUUCCGGUGCCCGAACGCCAGGCGGAGACAGGCACCUCAGACAGCCAAUCGGAACGGCAGCUGAGGCCAGGGAUCGCUGCAGAGCUGUGCGACAACACCGAGCGGGGAGACGAUGGAGCGGAAGAUGAGGAUGAGGAGGGGGAUGGGGUGCAGGAAGAAGAAAGAAGAGGCAGGGGGAGUGAUUGAGAGGGGGAGGGUGGAUUGGGACUGGGGGGUGAUCAAUGUUCUGACAUAGCCAGGGAGGUGGGACAAGGUUCAUAGAGUCUGAAAUUUGGUUGCCACAUAAUAACUGAAACUUAAAAUCAUUUUAUAAAUAUACGGAGCACGUCUUACCUUUUUUCCCGAGGCAAUAUUUCAGAUGUGUUUUUCUUUUUCCCCAGAAUGUUUUCCUCCUUUCAUGUAAAAUAUAUUUUUUGUGGGGGACAUUUAAACGAAGAACAAGAAACCAGGAUCUUCAGGAGACGCUCUCGGAGGCCUUCAGCCUGCUCCCAAAGCCUUGGGCGUUCCGAGAAUGUUGACACGCCCUGAAACUGUUGCAGAUCACCUGCCUCUGUGUUAAUAUAAUAUCACAGGAACGUCACCUUUUAGCAAUAUUCGGCAUUUCAGGUCCAGAAGCUGCAAAUCCAGACCAAAUCCAGUUUUGUUUUUACUAACCAGCUGAGUGACUAUAACUCUUUAUGCUCAACUGGUUGGUAGAAACAAAAUCUUGGCAUAGAUUUGUAGUUUCUGGACCUCAGAUGCCCAACAUUCCCUUGUAAUUGGCCCGCUCUUGGUUCACUCGAGUAUUAAGAACAGACAGGUAGCUGAGGCUCAUGAGACACAGAAAUCAGUGUUAAAUCCGCAUCCCCACGGAGCGUGUAAGUUAACGAAACCAAUAACGAAACACAAGCUGGGUGCUUCAUGGGAAAUAUGAGCAGAUGCUGAAUUCUGAUCGUACAAAAUGCAUUGUCUCAGUCAGUUUGAUCCUUAUCGUUCCUGAGGGGGAAGCUCUUUCUGCGUCACAGAGACAGGCAGGGGCGUCGGGGGUGG